AUGAGACAAGCAUCAGAUAGAAGGAAUUCAAAGUUUUCUUUGUCAGCGGCUCAAGAGUUUAAUGGUUUUAUUGAUGACGCGAAUCUGCAUGAGUAUUCAUUGAAGGGUAGGAGAUUCACUUAUGUUGUUGGAGAUAAAAUGAGCCGUAUUGAUAGGAUAUUUGUGAACUGGAAUUUCUUCAUGGAUUGGCCUAAUGCGGAGUAUCUGGCUCUUGCUCGUGAAGAAUCAGAUCAUUGUCCGCUUGUGCUAAAGACGAUGUCUCGGAAUUUCGGCCCUAAGCCAUUUAGAUUUUAUAAUUCUUGGUUGGGUAGGGAAGAUUUUUAUGGUGUUAUGAGGAAAGCUUUGGAGGAUAAGGUUUUUGCUGGUAACCCGGAUGAUAGGAUUAUGAAAAAAUUUAGAUGGCUUCGGAAAGUGAUUGGUGAAUGGAACGUGAAGAGAAUUGAAAAAGAAAAGCAAGAAAAAGCGGUUUUAGAAGAGGAGCUUCAUAAUGUGGAAUUGGAUAUGGAAUCUAGAGAUCUGUCAGAAGAGGAAAAAUGGGUUUUAGAAGAAACGAGGAGAAGACUUAGACAAUUGGAAGACUUUCAUCAGAGGGAUCUUAAUCAGAAAUCAAGGAACAAUUGGGCGAAGCAUGGGGAUGAUAAUACGCGAUACUUUCAUGGAUUUAUCAAUAAAAGGAGAGCCGCGAACCAUAUUCCGGGCCUUAUGGUGAGUGGUGGUUGGGAGACUAAACCAGCAGUGAUCAAAAGAGAGGUUCUUAGUUUUUUCUCGAAAUAA